AUGGCGCGGAAAGAGCUGCGAUCAUAUCCCUCCCGGAAGGUGGACAGUCAAUCUGGGACUUCAGUCAACGACAGCACCGAUAGUCUAGAUACGCCACGGACAAAAGAUCUACUCAAUGGCAAGGGCCCUGGGCAGAUCGAUGAGCGUUUGACCGACCUUGCCCGCAAGAUCAGUACCGCUUCCCACCAGCCUAAUCAUUCAUUCAUGUUUGACGUGAGGGAUGACAGCCCUCUCAAUCCUCUCAGUUCCUCAUUCAACGCACGCAAAUGGGCACAUGAAUUCUACAACGUCAAGUACUCCGGAAAUGAUGGCUCCGGCCCACGUGCUGCGGGUGUUGCUUUCACGAAUCUCAAUGUCUUCGGGUACGGCAGUCCCGUGGACUAUCAAAUGAGCGUGGGGAAUGCCCUGUUGAAAGUACCCACCAUGCUUCGACAGGCCCUGGGAGGAAAGAAACAGAGGAUUAAUAUCCUCCGGGAUAUCGAAGGCUUGGUCCUUCCUGGUGAGCUGCUCUGCGUUCUAGGGCCUCCGGGGUCCGGCUGCUCUACCUUUCUCCGGACGAUUGCAGGAGAAACCCACGGAUUGAACAUUGACUCCGCGGCAUACAUCAACUACCACGGCAUCAGCCCCCAGGAUAUGUUGACUGCCUUUCGAGGUGAAGCUACCUACACAGCCGAGGUAGAUGCGCACUUUCCUAUGCUCUCUGUGGGAGAUACCCUGUAUUUUGCAGCUCUUGCUCGUGCGCCGCGAACUAUCCCCGGAGGAAUGUCUCGGUCUGAGUAUGCGCGGCAUCUCCGCGAUGUCAUCAUGGCCAUGUUUGGGAUUGGCCACACACUCAACACACGCGUGGGAAACGACUUUGUGCGCGGUGUCAGCGGAGGCGAGAGGAAGCGAGUUACCAUUGCAGAGGCUGCGCUAGGAUAUGCUCCUUUGCAAUGCUGGGAUAAUAGUACCAGAGGAUUAGACAGUGCCAAUGCGGUAGAAUUCUGCAGAACAUUGCGCACACAGAGUGAUGUAUUUGGUAUCACGUCCUGUGUCGCCAUAUAUCAAGCCCCUCAGGCUGCCUACAAUAUCUUCGACAAGGUCAUCGUGCUUUACGAGGGACGACAGAUCUACUUUGGCCCUGCAGCGGAAGCCAAAAAAUACUUUGAAAGCCUUGGAUUUCACUGUCCGGCAUUCCAGACAACAGCGGAUUUCUUGACCUCCAUGUCGAGCCCGUCUGAGCGCAUCGUCAAGGAGGGAUACGAGCGCCACGCACCCAGGACGCCGGAAGACUUUGCGCAGCGAUGGAAGGAGAGUCGCGAACGUCAGGCCUUAUUGGAUCAAAUCGAGGCAUACCGCAAUGAACAUCCGCUGAAUGGAAAGGACCUGGAAGAGUUCAGUCUUUCGCGGCAAAGAGAGAAAUCCAAGCAUCAGCGGCAUAAAUCACCUUACACGCUGUCAUAUUGGGGCCAGAUCAAGCUCUGCAUGUGGCGAGAAUGGCAGCGUCUCCGAAAUGAUCCCAGCGUGGAACUGGCGAUGCUCAUCGGAAACUUCUUCGAGGCAUUGAUCAUUGCCAGUAUCUUUUACAACCUUCCGGUCAACACCUCUUCCUUCUUCUACCGCGGAGCACUGCUCUUUAUGCUUGUUCUCCUCAACGCGUUUGCUGGUGUGCUUGAGAUCUUCACACUGUAUGAGAAGCGCACCAUCGUGGAAAAACAGAGCCGGUAUGCCUACUAUCAUCCCAGCGCUGAGGCCAUAUCCUCUCUCAUCAUGAGUUUUCCCUACAAAAUUACGAACGCACUGUUGGUUAAUCUCACGCUCUACUUCAUGUCUAACCUGCGUCGAGAACCGGGUCCCUUUUUCUUCUUCCUCCUGAUCUCAUUCAGCAUGAUGAUGGGCAUGUCGAUGUUCUUCCGCUGGUUUGCAUCCCUAACCAAGUCAAUCGACCAGGCGCUAGCUCCAUCAUCGAUUAUUCUGCUGGCACUGGUGCUGUAUACAGGCUUUGCCAUUCCUGUUUCAUACAUGCGCGGUUGGGCGGCCUGGAUUCGAUGGAUCAACCCAGUGGCGUAUGGAUUCGAAGCAGUCAUGGUCAACGAAUUCCAUGGCCGGGAAUUUCCAUGCAUGAAGUUUGUGCCGUCGGGACCAGGAUAUGAGGGUGUCUCCAGUACAGCGAGGGUCUGCUCGGUUGUUGGGUCUGUGCCUGGUUCCGACGUUGUGCAAGGCACGGCGUUUGUACAGUCCUCAUACGGAUACGAGAACAGUCAUCGUUGGCGGGACUUUGGUAUCAUCGUCGCCAUGAUUAUUUUCUUGGCCGUCUGUCAUCUGAUCACCACCGAACUGGUUGCGUCUAAGCGGUCCAAAGGCGAGGUCCUCGUCUUCCGUCGUGGCAGUGCUCAUGUGUCCCGAUUGAAGCAAACUCAAAGCGAUGAAGAGCGGCCAGUACCUUCAACCAUCUGGAGUGAGAAGGGCAUUGAUGAAAUUAACCCUGUGAGCGGCGUUGAGAAACAGACAUCUAUAUUCCACUGGGAGGAUGUGUGCUACGACAUCAAAAUCAAAGACGAACCCAGACGGCUACUUGACCAUGUCGACGGAUGGAUCAAGCCUGGCACUCUUACGGCUCUCAUGGGCGUUUCCGGUGCAGGCAAAACGACUCUCUUAGAUGUUUUGGCCAGCCGAACAACGAUGGGGGUCAUCACUGGGGAUAUGCUCGUGGACGGUCGACAGCGCGACGGAUCCUUCCAGCGCAAAACGGGCUAUGUCCAGCAGCAGGACCUUCAUCUUGCCACUUCGACCGUCCGUGAAGCCCUCGAGUUCAGUGCUCUGCUCAGACAACCCUCGCAGUUCAGUCAUGCCGAAAAGCUGGCGUAUGUGGAAACCGUCAUCGAUCUCUUGCACAUGCGAGAAUACGCAGACGCAAUUGUCGGGGUGCCCGGGGAGGGUUUGAACGUUGAACAGCGCAAGCGCCUCACUAUCGGCGUCGAGCUGGCUGCCCGUCCCAAACUGCUGUUAUUUCUCGACGAGCCCACUUCUGGUUUAGACAGCCAAACAGCCUGGUCCAUUUGUAACCUCAUGGAGACGUUGACUAAGAAUGGGCAGGCAAUCCUGUGCACCAUUCACCAACCGUCUGCCAUGUUGUUUCAGCGGUUCGAUCGCCUCCUGCUGCUUGCCAAAGGGGGAAAGACAGUAUACUUUGGCGAAAUUGGGCCUGAAUCCCGGACAUUGAUGGAUUAUUUUGCGCGCAAUGGGGGUCCAUCCUGUCCGCCAGGAAGCAAUCCGGCAGAGCAUAUGCUAGAGGUCAUUGGGGCUGCCCCAGGAGCUCAUACAGAUAUUGACUGGCCGGCAGUCUGGCGCAAUAGCCCAGAGUAUCAGCAGGUGCACCGGGAGCUCUCUCAAUUGCGUCAGCUGGCUGAUACCUCGUCGCGGAUGGAUUCGGCCGAUUCAUCUAACUAUGGGGAGUUUGCAGCUUCUUUUCCCGCCCAGGUUUACGAGGUUGGACUGCGAGUGUUCCAGCAGUACUGGCGCACGCCCUCGUACAUCUAUUCCAAGGCGCUGUUGACCAUUGGUUCUUCCCUCUUUAUCGGAUUCUCCUUCUUCAAGGCCGACAAUACCGCUCAAGGAUUGCAGAACCAGAUGUUUGGUGUCUUUGUCUUCCUGUUCGUGAUCAUCCAGCUCAUUCUUCAGAUCAUCCCGACAUUUGUUACCCAGCGUACCCUCUAUGAGUCACGAGAGCGACAGUCCAAGACAUACUCCUGGCAGGCAUUUGUCCUGUCUAAUAUCUUUGUUGAGAUAGCGUGGAACUCGCUCAGCGCCGUCUUCUGCUUCCUGGUCUGGUUCUACCCAGUCGGAGUCUAUCGCAACGCAGAAUACACCGACACUGUCCAUUCCCGAAGCAUGCUCGUCUUUCUCAUCAUCUGGGCCGCGUUUCUCUUUGCCAGUUCCUUCGCUCACCUGCUCAUCGCCGGAGUCAGCAGCGCAGAGAUUGCCUCGGCUCUGUCCAAUAUCAUGUCCAUCAUGAUGUAUGCGUUCUGCGGCAUCCUGGCUGGUCCUCAUGCCCUUCCGGGCUUCUGGAUCUUCAUGUAUCGCGUCAACCCGCUCACCUACCUGGUCUCCGGCCUUCUGUCGGCUUCUGUAGGAGAUGCACCGAUGCAUUGCGCGGAGAAUGAGCUCCUAGCAUUUGUUCCCCCUGCCAACCAGACGUGCGGCGAGUACAUGGAAAGCUACAUGGGUUCUCGGGGAGGAUAUUUACUCAGCUCGGUCGCUCGUGAUGAAUGCCGAUACUGCCAGGUCGACAACACCAAUCAGUUCCUGGCGAAUUUCAGUAUUGAUUUCUCAACACGGUGGAGGGAUUUUGGAUUGUUGUGGGUGUAUAUUGCGGUCAACACUGCGGGGGCCAUGUUUCUAUACUGGCUUUGUCGGGUUCCCAAGCGCCGGAAGGGCCAGUAG